AUGAGACCCCUUACAGUUGGCGCAUUUGAUUUGUACGCUUUUGCAGGUUCUGGACUCAUGCGACUGCGCGCACUUUCUGCAGGUUGGCUUUUCCGCCUUGCACGAACCGGCGAUGUGGCCGAAACCCUGGCAGUUGUAGCAUUGCGUAACUUGGGAAUGGACCUUCAUUUUGCAUUUGGUGAGGCCCAGGUAAGCGCUCUUCCCUUCGAGUUUGCUCAGGAUGUCCGGGUGGACCUCGCAGACCCAGUGCACAACAUGGCCAACACGGGGACCCAGUUUAAAUAG